GACUACGAUGGCCUUGUUGUUAGAUCUGCCACCAAGGUGACAGCUGAAGUUAUAAAUGCUGCCGAUAACCUCAAAAUCAUCGGGCGAGCUGGAACCGGUGUGGACAAUGUGGAUGUGGAUUCUGCCACCAAAAAGGGCAUUAUUGUCAUGAACACACCAAGCGGCAACACGAUCAGCGCGGCCGAGCUCACGUGUGCCCUGCUGAUGAGUCUCUCGAGAAAUGUGCCUCAAGCUGCAAUGUCAAUGAAACAAGGGAAGUGGGAUCGCAAAAAGUUCAUGGGCACAGAGCUGCUCGGCAAAGUGCUUGGAAUAGUUGGGCUUGGAAGAAUAGGAAAGGAAGUUGCCAUGAGAAUGCAAUCGUUUGGCAUGAAGACAAUUGGUUACGAUCCAAUCACUCCACCUGAGGUGUCAGCCAGCUGGGGGGUGGAGCAGAUGUCUCUGGAGCAGCUCUGGCCACAGUGCGACUACAUCACUGUUCACACUCCUYUAAUGCCCUCCACAGCCGGGCUGCUCAACGAUGAAACGUUUGCCAAGUGUAAGAAAGGAGUGAAGGUGGUGAACUGCGCCAGAGGGGGCAUCAUUGAUGAAGAUGCUCUCCUCAGAGCUUUGGAGUCUGGACAGUGUGGCGGUGCCGGACUUGACGUCUUCGUUGAGGAACCACCUACGAACCGCAGUCUGGUGGACCAUCCAAAUGUCAUCAGCUGUCCUCACCUGGGAGCCAGUACGAGGGAGGCUCAGGCUCGCUGUGGGGAGGACAUAGCCGUGCAGAUUGUGGACAUGGUGAAGGGCAAGAAUCUAGUUGGAGCAGUUAAUGCUCAGGUUUUAGCCAGCACCUUCUCGCCGGAGUCUCAGUCGCUGAUCAAACUCGGGCAGGCUGUUGGAGCCGUGCUUCAGUCCUGCUGUGCUGCUAAGAAAUCACUUAGUCAUGUUCAAGUCACAACUCAAGGGGAGUGCAUGAAGUCCUGCACAGGUUACCUAACCUCAGCUGUACUUGUUGGACUUCUCAGUCGUGAAUUCGAAGGUUGCCCGAAUCUCAUCAACAUUCUGAGCCUGGCCAAGGAGACUGGAAUCAUAGUAAAUCAAAGCCACUGUGACUCUGCAGCGGAGGGUGUGUGUAAAGUGGAGAUCGCUGCAAAUGGCUGUAGCUUUAAGGCGAGCGGUUCCGUUCAAGGAGGGGUUCCUGUCCUGCUGGAGCUGAAUGGCAGCACGUUCAGACAGCCCAUCUCUCUAAGAGGGAAUCUGCUCUUUCUCCAGGCCUCUGCGGAUCCUCAGCUGCUGUCCUCAGUGGCUGGCGUGUUGACCUCAGAGGGAGUGCAGAUUGAGUCUUUCAGCGCUCCUGUGGACCACACCGGGGACGUGUGGUAUUGUGUGGGGGUGUCCUCUCCCCUGCGAGAUCUCAGUGCCUUGGAGCCUUUGGUUAAGCAAGCAGCACAGCUCGGUAUUUAAAGGACGCUAGUCUGUAAAAAAAAAAAAUCUUAACAUUCUAAAAAAAGAUUAGAUAUAAAGAAUCUGUCUUUGUGUUUGUGUUGACACCUAAGCUGCUUGGUUUGGGUUGAAAACAUGUAUUUUUAUAACAUUCCAAUGUUAAGAUGUCCAAUGAGCUUGAAUGAAAAUCAAAAUAAAAUGUUUGUCAUGUGCUGUUGA